AUGUCCGUUCUCCGUGAACUUGGUAAAACUGGCGUUAAAAUUCCAGUAAUUGGACUUGGAUGUAUGGGAAUGAGUGAGUUUUACGGAUCAUCCGAUGAAACAGAAAACUUAAAAGUAUUAAAUCGUGCGAUUGAUUUAGGAUGCGUUUUUUGGGACACUGCAGAUCGACGUAAUGAAGUUUUUCUUUGUACAAAAUUUGGUAAUGUUCGCGGAGAAAAUGGAGAGUUCUUAGGUGUAAAUGGGAAGCCAGAAUAUGUUCACGAAGCAUGCGAAAAAAGCUUACAAAGAUUAGGUGUUGAUUGUAUCGAUCUUUAUUAUCAACAUCGUGUCGACCCUACUGUUCCAAUCGAAGAUACAGUUAAGGCUAUGGCUGAACUUGUUGAAAAGGGUAAAGUUAAAUAUAUUGGACUUUCCGAAUGUUCAGCUAAUACGCUUCGACGCGCUCAUAAAGUUCACCCAAUCGCUGCCAUUGAAUACAGUCCAUGGACUCUUGAUAUUGAAACAAAUGGGCUUAAAAAAGCUUGUGAAGAACUUGGCGUUACAAUUGUCGCGUAUAGUCCAUUAGGACAUGAUUUUGAACCUAACGAUUUUCGUAGACACAAUCCUCGUUAUAUGGGUGAUAACUUUGCUAAAAAUUUAGAACUCGUAAAAGAAAUUGAAAGAAUUGCCGAAAAGAAAGGUGUUACUGCUAGUCAACUUAGUUUGGCAUGGGUUUUGGCUCAGGGUGAAAAUAUCGUUGCAAUUCCCGGUACUAAAAAAGUAAAAUAUUUAGAGGAAAAUGUUCAUGCUGAAAAUGUUAAGUUAACCGCUGAAGAAUUAGCCGAAAUUCGGAAAAUUAUUGAUUCUAUUGAGGUUGCCGGAACUCGGUAUCAUGAAUCCGCAUUAAAG